AUGUCAAAUCUUGCAGACUACAAUGAGACUCUGCGCAAAGUAUCCAACAGCCUCCAAAACGCCCUAGAGACUUUCGGGCCGUCCUCGCAUCAGUACCGGGCCAUUCUCGGAAUAUUGAAAGAAUGCCUACAGGAUAUUGAAAAUGAAAAGGCACGCACGCAGACGCAGGUGGUUGACCCUGACAUGUUGACUGCCGCAAUGGAAUUCUUGAAGAUUGGAGAAUAG